AUGCGCCUCCCAGCCCUCCCCCCCUUGAAACCCAAUCCCACGCUCAGCUGCACCACCGCUACCGCUGCAAACAUCCCCGCCGCGCGACGCUUGGCGCAGGUCCACGACAUCAAGAUUCUGUGGGAGAAAGGUCGGGCAGCCGGUAUGCAAGGGGAUAUGCAGGGGAGCAAAGCCAUGGAGCGGGGAAGAAACGCCAUCCUGACCAACGAAUUUCUCGACUUCUCCGCCGCACGCGGGAACAACUUGCGCCAGGCCGGUCUGACAGAGGGCUGCAAAUGGUGUCUUUGCGUCAGUCGGUGGAAGGAGGCGUUUGAGGCGCGGACGGGGCCAGGGGACAAAAAGGUUCCCAGGGUUGUGUUGGCGGCGACGAAUGAGCGGGCGUUGGAGAAGGUCAAGGUGGAGGAGUUGAGGGGGUUUGCGGUUGAUGAGUGA